AUGGCUUUGCAUGCUAGCGACCCAUCAAUCUUGCUUGUCAUGGAAGCAAAAACCAGCUUUCGAGAGUUGCCAAUGCUAUACCAAUCUACCAUAUACAUAGGGAGGUUUGGGACUCGCACAUAUUUUCAAAGCAGCUUUCAUAGAACCAGACCUGAUGGUAGACGGGUAAGGACCCUAGUUCAGAAGAGCUUCAAGACAGCGUUGGAUGAAAAUGACAUCCUGAUUUCACCUGCAGCACCAUCUGCUGCUUAUAAGAUUGGUGAGAAGAAAAGUGAUCCAUUGGCUAUGUAUGCUGGUGACAUCAUGACUGUUAAUAUUAACUUGGCUGGCCUGCCUGCAUUGGUUUUACCAUGUGGACUUGUGCAAGGGGGAUCUGCCGGCCUUCCAGUUGGUAUUCAAAUGAUUGGUGCAGCAUUUGAUGAGGUGGGGGGCUAG